AUGACAGAGUGGGUAGCACAGCAAGGCAGGCAGGACAGAGUCUCUCUGGGACCCCUUCCAACUCCCCAGGUGAAUCAAGGAACCCUUGGGUCACAGGUAGCUCCAGUGUCCCCUGGAGAGGUUGUGGAGACUGCAGAUGAGGUAUGCAAGUUCCCAGGGCAGCAGCUGAGCUGGUGGCAGGCCCAAGAGUCCUGUGAGCAGCGGUUUGGCCGCGUGGUACUGCGGCACCCAGAUGCGGUCCUCGCUCCACGGCUGCCUGACCCCAUCUGGGUGGGCAAAAGAGAGGCCCCUCUGCAAAGACCCCCGCAGAGGCGCGCGCGCACCGCGGCCGCACUAACGUUCGGCGAGAGGACCGCGGACCGGGCGGCGUGGCUUCGGACGCCUCUGCCGGCGCUCGGGGCGCUGACAGCGUGCGUGCACGUGCAGUGGAACGCCGCCUCAUCCGACGCGGCCGCACUCUUCUCCCGGGCUGUACCGGCGCUGGCCAACGCGCUGCAGCUGCGCGCCUUCGCCGAGCGGGGCGCCGUGCACGCGGCGCUCGCGGUGCGCGGGCACCACGCGCCUUUCUGCGCUGCCUUUUGCGCGGAUGGCCGCUGGCACCACGUGUGCGCCACGUGGGAGCAGCUCUGCGAGCGCUGGGCGCUGUUCGCCGACGGGCGGCGACGCGCUGGGGCUCGGGGCCUAGGCGCAAGCCACCCACUGCCACCUGGCGGCAUCCUAGUUUUGGGCCAGGACCAGGACUCUCUGGGCGGCGGCUUCUAGGCGCGUGACGCCUUCAGCGGCAAGCUCACCGACUUCCAUCUGUGGGCCCGGGCGCUGAGCCCCGCGCAGCUGCACCGGGCACGGGCCUGCGCGCCGCCCCACCCCGCCCCCGGCGGCCUGCUCUUCCGCAGGGAUCUGGGCGCCCUGGACGUCACACCCUCGCUGCUACCGCCGGUGCGGGCGCGGCUUCUCUGUCUGGUGCCCUCAGAGGAGUGCCCUACGUAGGACCCUGGGCCAGCACCCAGCACCGAGGGCUUUUUGUUUUGCCUGCAGCCUCUGCCCUUCCUCUGCUGCUACCGGACAGAGACCUACCAGCAGCUGCAGGACGCCCAGUCACGGUCUGGCCAGGAUGUUAUCAGCCAAGUCAACGCCUUGGCCAAUGUCAUUGUGUUCCUCCCUGACCCUCUCUCUGAAGCCCACGGAGACCUGUCCCUGGCCGAGGCCUCCAGCUUCCUGAAGAGAGUCCUGACAAAGGAGACAGCUCCACUGGGGCCAGCUGCGCUGCUGGCUGUCAUGCACUUCCUGAAAAGGGUGGCAGCCCUUGGGACAUGGGAGCCAGAGCCCACGACUCAGCCCUGGGAGCAGCUGGGCCAGGCCAUCGUGUCUGCGGCCAGCCUGGUCCUGGAGGAGCAGCUGGCUGGUGCGUGGCUGUCAGUCAGCGAGGUGGUGGGUGGACCCAGGGCCCUGUUGGCCAGCGAGCAGCGCCUGGCGCCCCUGCUGAGCACCAUGCUGACCUCUGAGCGGCCCCGAAAGCACAUCCAGCACCGCCAUGCCGGCCUCUCUGGAGUCACCAUGAUCCACAGCUGGUUCAGCUCAAGUGUUUUCCAGUACACCCUGGGGGCCCCUGGCCGAGAGCCCCAGGCCCUGGACACCUCUGAAGAGGCAAGCAGAAUGCAGAGGUUCCUAAGCACCUAGGUGGGGUCAGCAAUCAUCUCAUCUGAGGUGUGGGAUGAAACCGGGGAGGCCAACACGGCUGUGACCUUUCACCUGCAACACUGGGCGCAGUCUCCUUUGAGGCCUCCACAUCCCCCUGCAUCGUCUGGCCUCUCUCCUUACUCAGGGGGCUCCUGGGCCACCACUGGCUGCUCCAUGACCGCUCUGUACCAGGACUCAACCGCCUGCUUCUGCAACCACAGCGCCGUCCUGUUGCAGGUGUACAACGUCCAGAGGGGUCCCGACGGGGGGGUGGGGUCUCUGCUGAGGACGCUCUCGUCUGUGGGCUGCAGUGUGUCCUGUGCCCUCGCCACCACCUUCUUGCUCUUCCUGGUGUCCGGGGUCCCCCAGUCAGAACGAGCCACAGUCCACGAGACCCUCACCUUUUCCCUGGCCUCGGCCGAGGGCUUCCUCAUGGCCAACGAGUGGGCAAAGGCCAACAAGGUGGCGUGUGUGGCCGUCACAGCAGUGAUACACCUCCUCUUUUUGGUCGGCUUCUCCUGGAUGUUGGCGGAAGGGCUGCCUCUGUGCAGCAAGGUGGUGGCUGUGCGCAUGUGCCUGGGCCCCAGGAAGCCGCUCUGCUACGCCACAGGCUGGGGCGUGCCUGUGGCCAUCGUGGCCAUCACCCUGGCCGUGUCCCCCCAUGACUACGUGGCCACUGGGCACUGCUGGCUCAAUGUGCACACAGACGCCAUCUGGGCUUUUGUGGGGCCUGUGCUGACCGCCAAUACCUGCAUCCUGGUCCGUGUGGUGAUUGUCACCGUGUCCAGGGCCCGCCGCCGUGCCUGCACGCUGAGCCCGCAGCCCUGUGUGCAGCAGCAGAUCCCGAUCCAGAUGUGGGCCGCCGUGAAGCCAGUGUUGGUCCUACUGCCCGUCCUGGGCCUGACCUGGCUGGUCAGCGUGCUGGUGCACCUCAGCCCGGCCUGGGCCUACGCUACCGUGGGCCUCAAUUCCUUGCAGCCAGCCUCAGACCUUCAGGUCUGGGGGCCGUACAUCUUCCUGGUCUAUGCAGCCUACAACACGGGGAGCGCCCUGCAGAGGAUGACUGAGAAGGCGGCAGUGGAGGCAUUCACGGCUCGCUCUCGUCCCAUGGGCCGGGGCUCCACCCUAGGCCCUCAGGUCCCUGGGAGGUGGCCCGUGACAACCCAGCAGUCUUGGCUCCACCCUGAAGACACCUGGCUCUUAGAGGUGGAGUCUCAGCUUCUGAGUCUCAGCUUUCCCUUCUGCAAAAUGGGCUGGAGGCGGCCCCUGCAGGGCCGUCGCAGCGUCUGUGGGAACAAGAGAGCCGCAGCAGUGCCUCUGCACUCAAGCGACAGCGCCUUUGUCUCCGCUGAAUGGGCGACCCACUCAGGUGGCCCUAGCAAGAAGAGCGGGGGAGUGAAGGCUGCCAGCUUGGAGGCCCUGGCCUUGGUGCUCCCGCUUACGCUGCCAGGUCCCACAGCUCUGUCCUCAGCUUCCUGCCUGUGA